AUGGUAGGAAAUAUGCUGGUACCGUUAGUACUAUUAAUUGCCCCUGCAUGUCUUGCACUUUACACCUCUCGGGAUGAUGUCGUUGAACUGACAUCCGCUAAUUUCCAAACCAGAGUGAUUAAUAGCGAUGAAAUCUGGGUUGUCGAGUUCUACGCUCCAUGGUGUGGUCACUGCAAGAACCUCGUUCCGGAGUAUAAGAAGGCUGCAACUGCUCUCAAGGGGAUUAUCAAAGUUGGUGCCGUGGACAUGACCCAGCAUCAAUCCGUUGGUGCACCUUAUAAUGUCCAAGGUUUCCCAACUAUUAAGAUCUUCGGUGCAGAUAAAAAGAAGCCAACAGAUUACAACGGAGCGAGAACAGCUCAAGCGAUCACCGAUUCUGUUCUUUCGGAAGCGAAACGUGUCGUAUCUGGACGUCUUAGUGGACGAAGCACCGGUGAUUCUGGAUCAAGUGGUGGCAGCCGGGGUGGUAGCGGUGGAGGCAAUGAUGUCAUUGAGCUUACUGACUCCAACUUCGAGAAGCUGGUUUUGAACAGCAAAGACGUCUGGCUCGUUGAAUUCUUUGCACCAUGGUGUGGACAUUGCAAGAACCUUGAACCUCAUUGGAAGGCUGCUGCAAGCGAGCUCAAAGGAAAAGUCAAGCUCGGAGCUCUCGAUGCCACCGUGCACACCGUCAUGGCUAACAAGUUCGGUGUUCGUGGAUUCCCAACGAUCAAGUACUUUGCUCCUGGAUCAGACGCAAGCGAUGCUGUAGACUACGACGGUGGUAGAACCACUUCGGAUAUCGUGAGUUGGGCAAGCGCCAAGGCACUUGAGAACCUUCCUGCUCCAGAAGUUGUUGAGGCCACUAAUCAACAGAUUGUCGAAGAUCAGUGCAAAGAGAAACAACUGUGCAUUUUUGCAUUCCUUCCUCAUAUACUGGAUUGCCAAUCUAAGUGCCGCAACGACUACCUCGCCAUCCUUCGUGAACUCGGAGACAAGUUCAAGAAAAAUGGAUGGGGAUGGAUUUGGGUUGAGGGUGGAGCCCAACCGGAGUUAGAAGAGGCCUUCGGAAUUGGAGGUUUCGGCUACCCUGCCAUGGCUGCUAUGAACUACAGAAAGAUGAAGUUCGCUAUGCUCAAGGGAUCAUUUGGCAAAGAUGGAAUCAACGAAUUCCUCCGUGAUCUUAGCUAUGGAAAAGGGCAAACUGCUCCUGUUAAAGGAGCUACAUUCCCAAAAAUCAUCAAGAAAGACUCUUGGGAUGGAAAGGAUGGUCAGCUUCCUGUUGAGGAAGAAAUUGAUCUCUCCGAUGUCGAUCUUGAUCGUACUGAAUUGUAA